AUGGGUGCACUGGGUUUGGGGAUUGCCUUUGCACUUCUGGUGCUGCUACCAAGUUUAGAACACCAAGUGCAUGGGAAGCAAAGCAAUUACGAGUUGAAGAAGUGUGAUAUUUACCAAGGAAGAUGGGUUUACGAUGCUUCUUACCCUCUUUAUGAUUCCAGCCCCUGCAGCUUCAUAGAGAAUGCCUUCGCUUGCCAGAAGAAUGGUCGAGCCGACGAACUCUAUCUCAAAUAUAAAUGGCAACCCUUUGCAUGCAAGUUACCUAGGUUUGAUGCGGAAGAUUUCUUGGAGAGAUUUAGAGAUAAACGCAUCAUGUUUGUUGGAGACUCAUUAAGUUUGAAUCAAUGGCAAUCAUUCACAUGCAUGCUACAUGCAGCCUCGUCUGAAUCUGAGUAUAACUUUGAGAGAAUAGGAUCAACCUCUACAUUCACAUUCCAGAGUCACAAUGUUUCUUUGAUGCUUCAACGCAAUGCCUUUCUUGUUGACAUUGCACACAAUAAAUAUGGGCGGGUUUUGAAGCUCAACUCGAUCGACCACAAGGAUGGCCUAGCCUGGAAGGAAUUUGAUGUAUUGAUCUUCAACACAUGGCACUGGUGGCUCCACACGGGAAGAAAACAACCGUGGGAAUUUAUUCAAGAUGGAAACACUUUACGUCAAGACAUGGAUCGCUUUGUUGCCUAUGAGAAAGCCUUAAGAACUUGGGCCCGGUGGGUGGACAAAAAUGUUGAUCCUACUAAAACCAAAGUCUUCUUCCAAAGCAUUUCACCGACUCAUUGGAAUGCAAGUUUUUGGGGAAACCCAGAAGGGAGGAACUGCACCGCAGAAACAAGGCCACUGGCAGAGCCACCAUACCCAAGAAGUCCACACCCAGCACAGGUGAUUGUGGAGAAAGUUUUGAGAGGCAUGUCAAAGCCAGUCAACUUGCUUAAUGUGACAGCUCUGUCACGGCUAAGAAAAGACGGUCACCCUUCUAUAUAUGGCAAUGAAGGCCAUCGUGGCAUGGAUUGUAGCCACUGGUGUCUUCCUGGAGUUCCUGACACUUGGAACCAGCUCCUCUACACUGAGCUCAUUCGAAACUGA